CACAGUUUUAACGAAUUGCUCUAGCUAGUUUCUCAUGGUUUGCUUGAUCGCGUCAAAGAGGCUACUGUAUGCUAACUUGCUGUUUAUGAGAAUUCGAUCUCGAUCAGGAAUAUCGCUUAAAGCUAAUUAGCACACGUACGAUGCUCUCCUCAGCUCUCAUUCCAUCCAGCAGGUAACGCAGGAGCUCCUGACUGUCCUGCUGCUGGAAGCCUUUGAAUCUUGCUGCCCUGCACACACACACACACACACACACACACAGAAAAUCAAGCUAGUUUCACAAACUAGACUUAUCUAACUGCGCUGAAACAGGUGCUAGUUUCUCCGAGCCAUACUUUUUACACACUUGUGUGAAGAGCUCACGCGGUGUCACCACGCCUUUUUUGGUCUCCUGGAUUUCAUUGAGCAGCUGGCACAUGGUCAGGGUGAGAGAGCCGGGUCUCGGCAACCGCACCUGCAAAGGAUCCUGAGCAGUGAGAGAUCAGAUUAGAUCAGACUGCAGUUGAGUGUCAGGAUAAAUGGAUCAGACUGAGCACGCAGAGGCUCAGCUGGCUGAAGUUGAGCUGCUGUUGAGUAUGUUCCCCAGCCAGGAGGAGCUGGAGGUGGAGCAGAUUGCGUAUGCAGAGCUCAGGGCUUAUGUGGAGGGAGCAGCGGACUGUCCACCAAACACCAGACCUGAACUUUGUGUCAAGAUCCGGACACACACCGGGGUGGACGUUUCGCUCUCGUGCACGUACCCGUCCGACUAUCCAGCAGUGCCGCCUGAGAUCGUAGUCAGUGCAAUGUGUCGCAGAUGCGGCGCGUUGAGCCGGGCGCAGCACGCCCGCAUCGUCUCCGAUCUGCGCUCGUACCUGCGCGAGAGCUGCACAGGCGACGUGUGCGUGCUGUCCGCCGUCGACUGGGUCAGAGAUCACACGCACGAAUACCUCGAGGAGGAGGACGACAACACGAAGGGGGCGGCAGAAACGCAGUGCACCGAGACCUUCACCAGACUGUGGAUCUACAGCCAUCACAUCUACAACAAGAGCAAGAGGAAGAACAUCCUGGAGUGGGCCAAAGAGCUGCAGCUGAGCGGCUUCAGCAUGCCGGGGAAGCCCGGGGUCGUCUGUGUGGAGGGUCUCCAGGCCGCCUGUGAGGAAUUCUGGGCAAGGGUGAAGGUCCUGACCUGGAAGCGCAUCAUGAUCCGUCACAGAGAGGACAUCCCACUGGGUCCCGCCGGUCAGAGCGCAGAGUCGCUGCGCCGGUUCGACGGCUUCGAGGAGACCGCGUUCGAUCCUCACGGGAACAGAGGGAACCACAUGGACCUCGGGCAGCUCUUCCAGUUCCUCAGCGAGCGAGGCUGCGGCCAAAUCUUCCAGCUCUACUUCGGAGUCGAAGGGAGAUGAGUGAGGACUCUCCAUAACACGCAGGUUUUACAAGAGUAUGUGUGUGAUGAAUGAUGAAGCACUUCGGUUUUUAAGCACGACGCCAUUUCCAUGUCAUACAGAAUAAACGGUUAUAUAUAUGUCUGUCUAUCGUUUUUUUUUUUUUUUUUUUAAAGGAAAGGUCCGGACCGGAACCCGACACGCUCUUCAACUGUUACAGCCUCAUUAGAAUUGACAGAGACGUGUCGGCCAUAUUGUUUAAAUGGUAAAUGGCGCACUUAUAUAGCGCUUUUAUCCAAAGCGCUUUACACUGGUUCUCAUUCACCCAUUCACACACACACCACACACACACACACACACACUCACACACCAAUGGUAGCAGAGCUGCCUUGCAAGGCGUUAACUUGCCAUCGGGAGCAACUCGGGGUUCAGUGUCUUGCCCAAGGACACUUCGGCAUGUGGAGUCACGUGGGCUGGGAAUCGAACCGCCAACCCUACAUUUAGUGAACAACCUGCUCUACCACCUGAUCCACAGCUGGCCAAAUUUCCACGUUUAUUUGAUCAUUAUCGCAGUUCAAACUUU